AGAAGCGAUCGAAAAUCACCCCAGUUGAUCGGGAAACCAGUUAACGAGGGAACCAGUUAAUCCGGAACACCGGCUAUUACGCCACUUCCUGCCACUACCUCUCCAAUUUACGAUACUUUUCGGUUGUAAAACAAAAUGUGUUUUGAAUUUCAACACGAAAAAUACUGACAACAUUUGCUGUGAGUCUUCAAUUUGCAAAUGUGUUUACCGACAAUGUGGAAACACCGCCGUUUUUAACUUAAACAGCAGUGACCGUUUCAUCAACAGGCAGCAUCAGGGGAGGAGCGUGCACAUGCAGAGCCCACCUCUGCUCAAGUAUUUGUAUGAUAAACACAGAAAUAACGGGUUAAAUAAGAUGAACAAAACUCAAUAGAAGACGUUAAACAGGGUUAGCACAAACACAGGACAAGCCAAACAGGGAUUUCUGGAAUUCAGUAAAGACACUACACUGACCAUGCUGCUACGAAGGCUGACCCUGUGUUCUAGGAACCAUUUGGAUUACCGGAGAAGAGUAUGUGGGUUUCUCACCAGACCACUGACACAAGUUCCCAAGGAGAGGGCUCAUGGGAGCUCCUUUGCACACCGCGGGGAACUGCGCCAGGCCAAGAGGAUCGUGGUGAAGCUGGGCAGUGCUGUGGUCACCCGUGGGGAUGAAUGUGGCCUGGCUCUCGGGAGGCUAGCCUCCAUUGUGGAGCAGGUGGCCAUGCUGCAGAAUCAAGGCAGGGAGAUGAUGAUUGUCACCAGUGGAGCGGUGGCCUUUGGCAAGCAAAGAUUAAGACAUGAGAUCAUGCUGUCCCAGAGCGUCCGGCAGGCGCUGCACUCGGGACACAGUCAGCUCAAUGACAUGUUGGUGCCGGUACUGGAGGCCCGGGCCUGUGCUGCUGCUGGACAGAGUGGGCUGAUGGCGCUGUAUGAGGCCAUGUUCACCCAAUACAGCACCUGCACUGCACAGGUCCUGGUUACAAAUCUGGAUUUCCAUGAGGACCAAAAGAGGCAGAAUCUGAACAGUACGCUGCAGGAGCUGCUGCGCAUGAACAUCGUGCCCAUCAUCAACACCAACGACGCUGUGGUGCCCCCACCGGAGCCCAACAGCGACCUGCAGGGGGUGAUCAGCAUUAAGGACAACGACAGUCUGGCGGCACGGCUAGCUGUGGAGAUGAAGGCUGACCUCCUCAUCGUGCUGUCUGACGUGGAAGGACUGUACGACAGCCCCCCUGGGACAGAUGACGCCAAGCUCCUUGACAUCUUCUACCCUGGGGACCAGCACACCAUCACAUAUGGCACAAAGUCCAGAGUUGGGAUUGGAGGCAUGGAGGCCAAGGUCAAGGCUGCCCUGUGGGCUCUGCAAGGUGGCACCUCAGUGGUCAUCGCCAACGGCACCCACCCUAAAGUAACGGGUCAUGUCAUCACUGACAUUGUGGAGGGCAAGAAGGUGGGAACCUUCUUCUCCGAGAUUAAACCUGCAGGCCCAGCUCUGGAGCAUCAGACACAAGUGGCACGUAACUCUGGAAGAACGCUGGCAUCUCUGCACCCAGACAAGAGGAGUGAGAUCAUCUGCCUUCUAGCGGAGCUGUUGACUGAAAGACGGGAAGAGAUUCUGGCUGCCAAUAAAAUGGACAUGGACCUGGCUGUGAAUACAGGCCUUUUGCAAGCAGCCAUGCUGAAGCGACUGAGUUUAUCUCCUGCCAAACUGAACAGCCUGGCCCUCGGCCUGCAUCAGAUCGCUGUGGCUGCCCAGGACAGUGUGGGUCGAGUGCUGCGCAGAACCAGGGUGGCUCACAACCUGGAGCUGGAGCAGAUCACUGUGCCUAUUGGAGUUCUUCUCGUUAUCUUUGAGGCCCGACCCGACUGUCUGCCACAGGUGUCAGCAUUGGCAAUAGCCUCUGGCAAUGCCCUCCUGCUGAAGGGAGGCAAGGAGGCUGCCAACACCAACCGAGUCCUCCACCAGCUCACACAGGAAGCCCUUUCCAUGCACGGAGUUAAAGAGGCAGUACAGCUGGUGAGCACUCGUGAGGAGGUUGAGGAUCUCUGCCGACUGGACAAGAUGAUCGACUUGAUCAUCCCUCGAGGUUCAUCCCAGCUGGUGAAAAACAUCCAGCGGGCGGCAAAGGGGAUCCCGGUGCUGGGUCACAGCGAGGGCAUCUGCCAUGUGUACGUCGAUGCAGAAGCCAGCGUUGACAAAGUCAUCAAAAUUGUCAGAGACUCCAAGUGUGAAUACCCGGCUGCGUGUAAUGCGAUGGAGAGUCUGCUGAUUCACAGAGACAUCCUCAGGACUCCACUGUUUGACCGGAUCAUUGACAUGUUUCGCACUGAACGGGUGAAGAUUCAUGCAGGCCCCCACCUUGCUUCCUACCUGACAUUCAGCCCAUCAGAGGCAAAGUCCCUGCGGGCGGAGUACGGUGACCUGGAGUGCUGCAUGGAGGUGGUGGACAGCAUGCAGGAGGCCGUGGACCAUAUUCACAAGUAUGGCAGCUCCCACACAGACGUUAUCAUCACAGAGAACGAGCACACAGCAGAGCAGUUCCUGCAGCUGCUGGACAGCGCCUGUGUUUUCUGGAACGCAAGCUCACGUUUCGCAGAUGGCUACCGCUUUGGACUGGGAGCGGAGGUUGGAAUUAGCACCGCUCGUAUCCACGCCCGGGGCCCUGUCGGCCUGGAGGGGCUGCUCACCACAAAGUGGGUCCUGAGAGGGGACGGGCACACAGCAGCAGACUUCUCUGAGCAGGGUACCAUGAAGUACCUCCAUGAAAAGCUGCCUGUUGGGCAGCCUCUUGCUGGGCAGCGGGACAGCAACUAGACCACAGAACACUCACAACACUCACUUGGCCUUAACAUUAUUCCAAAUGGUUUGCAUUGCCCAGCAGCAGCUCUGUCUGGGAAUGAGUUGCAGGUGAUGGCUGAUGUCACUGUUUUACACUUUGGAAGCACACAGCAUGGAGAGAAGCUUACCACACCAAUGGUCCAUUUUAUCAGCACAAGCAGAAAGUUGUUCAGACUGUUACUGAGAGUUUACAAAUGUUUUAAAGUCUACCUCAGCGUAUGAUUAUAUUAUACGAGUGAGGUAAAUCACCCUCAAAGGCUGCUGCAGGAGGUGUAAUGUGGAUAUAACGACACAAUACCUUCAGAAUAGCAUAUCAAAUAAACAAGGGAAUUAACUGAUAACUGUUUUAAAGGCAGCAUAAAUGCACAUUAUUUAUACUGAAGUGCUAGAAAUUACUAUCUUUUCAAUAUGGAAAUCUCAGGCCGUGUUUUUAAAACUGAUACUAACUGACAUAAAUGGCAUUACUUUUAUUCAUGAAAUUUGUAUAAAAUCUUAAUACUAUGUGUAAUUUGUGCCAAAUACAACUUGGUUUUUGUCAUAUGCACAAUUAAUUAAUUAAUUACAGAUAAUUUGCAAAGAAAAAACCUUAGAUC